AUGGAUAUCAACAAAUGUUUAGAGAUGUUAAACUUGUCACCGUCAAGUUAUCGAAACGUUGACGUCGGCGACCGUACGGGGACAAGCAAGAAGGUCUAUUCGAGGAGGCCCUGGUAUGCCCCUCCGAUAGACCCGGCGGAGAUCCUGAGGGAACAGGAACAGUAUAAUACAGAUUACGGUCCGGAAUACAACACAGGAACCGAAGACGUAAACGACAAGCAGGCUGAAGAAUAUUAUGUUGGACAUCAAGAUUACGAAGAUCCAGUAACCUCAAGGCACGUGGAAGUGUUGGGACAAUUAGAGACCUCUUCGGCGAACUCGAAAUUUGAGGCAGCGCCUACAGCAACUUCUGUCUCUGAGUUCUCCAUUGCUAAUGCUGUGAACUUGCGAGAAGCAGUGCUGGUGGCAUUGGGAGGAGCGAGCGCUGCGCUGGUUCUUCUGAUCGUGAUGGCUGGUGUGUUCGUGGCUCGCAGACGCAAGAAUAGCCCCCCCCGCCCCUCUCCACCGAUACUGGUCUACCCCCGCACGACAUCUCCGCACCGUGUUACAUGUGAUAAGUCUGAGUUGCUCCAAACACAAUCGCCUCAUAAUGCCUCUACUAACGAUAUACCCAGUAGCAACAUCUGCCCAAAGAAAAGCUCAGUGCCUUCCUCGGCCAACACAACUACAGCAGCGGAAGUACUGCUCGGUCUGACAGAAGAAAUUAAACUUUUACGAGAGGACAUGGGCGAACUCAAAAACCAAUUUAAAUCACUAACUGACUUACUAACUAACUGCAACAAUCGGCUAGAUAGAUAUGAG